GUGCUGUCAGACUGUAUGAGUGCAUGUUACAGACAUAGUCUAAUAGGGUGAAGUGCAUGGUGGUGAGCAGAGACUCUCUGUGCAAGCUGCUGCUACCACUGGGCACAUUUGGGUCUUCUAAUCACUGCAUAGGAUAGUACUGAGUUAUCAACAUGCUGAAGAAUUGUGGGAGAAAGCUGCUGCUGUCCCUGAUGGGGGCUACUUUGACCUGCUUGCUGGUCCUGGUGGUGGAUCAGCAGAGGAGGCAGGUAGUGGAGGUCGUCCCUGCGGAGGGAUCAGACCCUAGCAUCCCUUUGGUGGUUGAGUCGUCGCCUGCAGCGGCUGUAGAGCAGCACAAAACCGGCCAGGAUGUUCCAAGUGGCAAAUCCUUCUCUGCUUAUUUCAACAAGCUGACCAGGGUACGGAGGGACGUUGAGCAGGUAGCCACUCCAACUAGUGGGGGUGCACAGGGGGCUACCAAACCUCCAGUGGAAGACAUCACCCCAAAAGAUAUUUUUAUAGCUGUGAAGACCACCAUGAAGUUCCACAGAUCAAGGAUGGAUCUUCUAAUGGACACGUGGAUCUCCAGAAAUAAGGAGCAGGUCAGUAUUUGUGUAUUGGCAGUGUUAUUAAACCAUUGUAGCAAUGCUGAUAAUCAGAUUUGGACUCGGACAUCCCUUUGAAGUUUCCAAACAAAAAGGGGGCGAAUAAUGUUAAUUUGUUACUGUAUCUUCUUGCAAUAUGCCUUGUUAACGUUUUUGUUGCCAGGGCAUUUUAAUCUGACACAUCUUUCAUGUUACUGAGUGGCUGGCUGGUCGUAAUGAGUAUAUAGUGUAUUUAUUGUACUGUAAUAUAUAUAUAUAAUUUUUAAAUUAAUGUAGGCGUAUCUGAUUACUCACUAGUCCUCUUUCUAGACAGUAGGGUUAACCGUUGUCAGUGCACCUUCAGCUCCCAUCACGUUCAGCCAGCCCUUUUCAUUAGCAGGCAGAGUGUCUCUCUAUGGGUUUUCAUUAUAUUUCCAGUUUUUGCCUAUCACUAAAAGAUCACAAGUGGGAGCCCUUAAUUCUCCCUGUGCUGUUGUAUAUUCCAUUUAAAAUAUUUAUUUCAUCCCCUGUCAUAUUGAUAUCUGUAGAGGAGGUUCUAGGGAGGAGCAUACAGUAUAAUUUCUGUUUAUACCUCCUACUUGUCCCAUAUGAACUCAUGGAGAGAGGUUGAUAUUGAUAAGGCAGGUAGGUCAAUACCAUAACCACUCAUGCACAGAUCCUAUAAGCACUCUCAAAUAGAGACACAGUUGCAAGCCUAACAAAAUAGAAUAUUUUAUUAUUAAAUUGUGAUGAUUCCAAAAUAAUUGUUACUUGACUUUUUAGUAGGGUGUAGAGUUUGGGUGACAUCUAUUUAUAUAUAUAUAUUUUUUUUUAUUUUAUUUUUUUUACUUAAGAGUUUUUGUAUGUGAAGUUUAAACCCUGCAUUUGAAUUGAAGCAGGAUCAAGUCCUAGCGCUCUUUUAUUCAUACCUGGAAUUGUAUUCUGUGCCCUGAGGCCCUAUUUUAUUUCCUUUUAUCUACAACUCUUAAAAUAGAAGAAAAAAAAUCACAAAAACCCCUCUUUUGCAUUAAAGACAGGGAGACGCGGAUAAAUUCUUGCAAGCCUCUAUAGAAUGACAUCCCUGAGAAUGGGUUCCACCGCUUUCUUCUUUUUUCCUUUUUUUUUUUUCUGUUUUCUUUGAUUUUGUAGCCUUUUUAAAUUCCCAGCGAACCAUGUAUCUGCUCUCACGCUGUCCUCCUGUGCGAGCUAACAAUGCCUCUUUUCUACCAGCCCAGAGAAUGAGUCUACCGUCUCUUGCAAGUGGCUCUUUCAUGGGAACUCGUCAGCCCAAGCUAGCGCUGUGGUGGCCAGGUCAUGUUGCUUAGAGAUGCGGGCCAAUGAAGCCAAAAGAAGGGGGGCUUGUAUCAGCAAGACAUGGUGGGGUGGGAAAGGCUUUCUUGGACUGUUUGACAAGAUGACAGGCGUUGUAGAGAACUUGAGGGACAACCGUUUGAGGGAAAUGUGAAGUUAGCAAAACUCUAAACAGCUCUUAAGAAUAGAGAGGGCCUCUUUUGGCUUUAGUUCUGACCGAGUGACAUGGACAUUGCGUCUUUCCACCCGAGAGAACCUAAGAACUCAUGAUGGCUUCUGCUCAAGCUUUUUCUUUCAGCAUCCUGAAUAUCAGCUUAGUUAAGCUUUGAAUGAAGGAACCUUCUCGCUCCUCAAAAGGCUUCCAAGCUUUUUGUAUGCUUAUGGGUUUUUCCAUUGACAAGAACAUAAGGUUUAAGCCAUUGAAUUAUAUUUUAGGUUGACUGUCAGAUCUUGCGUAAGACAAAAAAAUUACCUAGUUUCAUGGGUUAUAAUCUUUUACCAGUAAUAAUCGAAUAAAGUCUUGGGUGAAGUUUGGCUUGACAGUUUGCCAUCUCGGCCCACCUUUUUCCUUGAGCUAGUUGAAGCUUCUCAUUUUUUUUUGUCAGCAAUUUAUCUUGUAUGUUUUGUCAACAUAUCUUUAAAAUUGCAUUCGUACUGCCAGAUCCGGAGGGCCCAAGUGGAAAAUCCGGUCUGCUUACCUCCAGCAACCCCCUGUGUAGUAAGCAUUCAAUGUUUAACCCAAAACAAAGAUGUUCACUCCCUCGCACGCGCAUGUACACCACCCCUAACCUUGCCACAGGGUUAACGUUGUAGACUAGAACACGAGUAAUGAGCAUAUACCUGUCUCUUAAUGGCUGUUGUACAACAGUUAAAGGCUGUGAGGCACAUAUCGAUCAUGCCUUUCUUGCAUUCCGUGUUCAUUUAAGUAAAUGAAAGGAAUAUUUUCUGCUGAAUUGAGGUAUUACAUGUGUGGAAUUAAACGAUUUUUUGGGUCAGUGACGUUCAUUUUCAAAUGCUGUGAGGAUUCUUGUGACAUGAAAUGAGACUCUUCCGAAAAUAUAUCUUACAAGAAAGGGAUGAUAUAAAAUCAGCAUUAAAUGAUAUAGAUGUGUUUGUGUUUUGCGCAAAUACCAAAUGGCAGGUGCUCACAUACUGCAAUUCCUAUGAUCCUUUGCUAGCCAAAUCCAUAGCAAGGCGCUGGCAAAGGAUUGUGGGAGUUGUGUUUCACCAACUGAUAUAGUGACAGUAAUUAUUUAAAUAACAUUAUUUGGAUAUUAUGGCAUUAUUGCAAAGACCCAUUCCUUCCAGCAGCCAAUAGGUUAAUACAUAAUUAUCCAUGAAAUGUUAUCUAAUUGUUUUAUCGAAGUGCAGAAGUAAUGAGAAAAUCCAUCUAGCCAGAGGGACAAUGUCCCCUUUGAAUGCCACAGAGACACAGGUUUCCUGUGUCUUAUCAAGUGGUGAUAGUGUUACUGCUUUCUAUUGUCUGUGGUGAUCUUAAAUUGCUAUUUUCAUCACACAAUAGAAGGAGGCUGGGACUAAAGUAUUUAAAGAGCCAGGAAUCUCAGUUAGUAAAAGAUUACGGUUAGUUAGUUUUUUAAAUGGGGCCAAAAAAAAACAAAAAAACACAAAAUUGAUAGUGUUGAUGAAAGGUGUCACAUUUGGCAAGGAAUCUCUUUGAAAUAUGUAAAAAGGAAAUUUUUAACUGUACUAAUUUGCUUAAAACCAAUGAAAAUAGAGGCCUUUUUUGGAAAGUACUUCUUAAAUAACGUAAAUGUCCUUUUUUAAGUGUAGCAUGCCCUAUUUUGUUGAACUAGGGCAAGCAUUAUUGCAAAAUAAAGAUGAGCCUUAGAUAAGGGAUAAGUACAUUUACUGCUCAUGUCCGUUUUCUGACAGCGUUAACCAUUUCACUGCCGAGGCUGAUCUUGUAAUCAAUAAUAUUUUAUUUUUUUUUAACCAUGUUCUAGCCAGGGAAAUGGUUACAGUCGCCCAGAAUUUGCAUAACUCAAAGAUUCUGACAGGCCCUGUGGCUGCAACAAGAGAUUUGCACCUGUGCCAACCCUUGUCCUCAGGUGUAACGGCUCAGAGGCACGCAGGCCCUCCCACGACAUGCUCCUGACAUGCUGCUCUGUUUAUAUAUCAACAAAACAGAGGCUAUAAGAGUCUUUACUGUUUAUAGUCUAAACACAAGUAUGUUUAUGGUCCAAAGGAAUCUGAUCUGACUGGGCAGAACUGGUUAGUACCACACCUGAACAGGUAGUGGGGUAACCUGAACAGCUGACUGUGUGGGACCUUUGUUUUGGGCUCAUGGAGUUGCCCAGAAUAAAGUAAUUAGAUUUUUGUUGAAACAAACAAACAAGUCUUUAAAAUGUACUGCAAUAAUAGGAUAGUCAUAUUGGUUACAUGAAAACAAAGUAGAUGAUCCACUGGGAUCUCUAAUACCUACUAACUGACCUUGGUUUCCUGACAUAGUCUCUAGAUUUCCUUGUGCAAGUUUUCUUUGAGCGAAUUUUGAAGAGACAGUUCUGACAAACAUGACGUUGAUGCUGGCUGCUAAGCUUGGGGCAAAACUGAUUGCAUAUAUCUGUUUAUUUUUAAAAUGUCUUUAAUUCCAUCUUUGAUCAGCUGAGAUCACGUCUAGGAGAGAUAAGCUUAUUGCACAAGUUGUUCGUCCUGGUUUUUUUUGGUUCUGUUUUUUGACAGAUGAUAAUUUAUACGAUGAGUUACAGGUAUGAAUUUCCCUUACCCCUCCCGCAAGCAGUAGCAGCACUUUUUAACUUGGAGAGAAUGAAGCCGGUUUGUACCCAGUUAAACCUGUCUACCUUCACCAGCGGGAAAUUCAAAUUCAAAAAUGUGAUUCUUGCCCAACACACCAGAUGAUUCAAAUCAAAUCCAAACAGCGCCUGUAUAAAAUAGAAAUUGGCUUUUUCUUUAAUGUACCUGACCCUUCACGUAUAAUAAUAAAACAUUUAUGUAAAACCACAAGUGACCUUUUACCUAUUAUACUGUGCUAUGGAAUAUGUUUUAGUGGCAUCCAGUAGUUAUAUUAAAUAUAUAAUGUUGACUAAACAGAUUGACAUUUUGCUUAUACUUUUUAUUUUAUUUAUUUUUUUACUUAAAACUGUGGCGACUGCCCAUUGUUGGCUAGAGUCACUAUAGGGGACCUUUAUGGGGGGUGCUUCAUUGUCCCCACCUACUGCCCUGGUGGUCCCUAUUGUUACAGGAGGAGUUGGCAUCCUGUCUUUCUUCAGACUGCUGAUUUUGAGAACAAUAAGGCUUCCUCUGCCUUGGGUUCAGGCCCCCAGACAAAAUACUACUUUUUUUCUUUUUUGUGAUGUGGUCGAAACUGAAAUUUAGAGAAGUUUUAGACAAAAAUAAUCUCUAUAGAGUUUUGCAAUUUGUAAAAAGCAGAAGUGACUUACUGGAAGGAAGAGAGUCACAGAUGGUAAAACCACCAAAUAUUCGCUAAGCAGUUAUGGAUUGACUAUUUGGUGCCAAUAUCAAUAUUUGGGGGGGAUCAUCAGCUGUCAACAAUUUAUGGUUUAGUGAAUAUUCAGGGCACUUUUUUUUUUUUAAUCUAUUUUUUCAGCCCUGACAGUAUUAAUUGUUAAGAAAUCUGUCAUUUAUAUAUUUUUGUCUUUCUGGUCUUAAACAUUUGGCGAUCUCUAGAAACAAAGACAAGUCCAUCUGUCGUCGAAACUGUUUGACGGUUCUUAAACCACCAAGUUUCUAUACUGGUAAUUUAACCUACAAUUAAAAUGUAAAUUCAUCUCACAGUCCUGUUACACACCUCAAAUGUCACUUUGCUCCAGUGCCAACAAUGGAGCUGGCUGUCACCUACCACCUACGUUUACUGUGGCCAAUAAAACUUUACAAAAGAUUUUAUAAAACCGCAAUUUGCUCGUAAACUCGGUUUUCCUUACAAGAUGCCAUUAACUACUUCAGCAAGUGACUGUCUGAUACAGCUGUCUAAAACAUCCUAUAACUUUGCCAGACAGAAUAAUUUAGACACAAACUUUUUUUCUUUAAAUCUUUUUUUUUUUUUUUUUUUUUCUUUUUAAGUAUUUUGUUUGAUGUGAAUGUUUUCAUGUGUAGUAAAUUUAUAUAUAUAUUUAUUUUUUUAUUCUCAAACCGUCAUGGCUAAUCUUGGCAAUUCAAAUCUAUUUCUCACUGUCCCAAAAAAGUCUGCGUAGGCCUAAGAACCUAUCCCAGAUUUCAGAGCUAUUUAGCGGGGGAUCAGAUAAAGGUUAAUUGUAUUUGGUUUUAAUUGACUUUCCUGACUAGGCUCCUCAAGCCAUGGGUUUGGCAGGAAGGGGUGUGAGGCAGCAGGUCUGCAGAUCAUAGAUAAAUCCCAAGAGGUGACACUUGGUGGCUUUUCAAAAUUGCUUGUCCCUUCCUCCCAGUGAGACUAGCACAAGAAGACAGGCUACAAACUUCCGGAGUUUCCUUCCAAUUCAGUGGGUGCAUGCUGUUCUUUUCCUGUACAUCCAAAAAGAAGACUUUGGUACUCGGAAAUCAUCCUAUUGUCUUUCUGUGCUAAAGGUGGUGGUUGUGGGGAAUCGUGGAGACAAAAAGGGCUAGAUUGUUCUCAGUCCAAUCAGGUCAUAAACAGUUUGCUUUAAUCUAUAAAUAGCCAUAAGUCUCCAGCUGAGUCUUGGCUUGACCUUAAACAACAAUAUAAAAACUGUUGUUUAUCAGAUAAAAGAUAAGUACGACUUUAUAUCCUGCAGGGCAUGCCAUCCUUGCUUACGGUGUAAUAGUUAAUCACUUCUCAACCCAUUAAAAUGCCAAAAACAUACCACAUAAAACUAUAAUAAGAAUGUACAGAUUUUAAAUUUUUUAUUUAUUUAUCCCCCCGACCCUUUUUUCAGAACAAAAAAAUCCACAAUAUACUAUUUUUUUUCUUUUAUUUAUUUUAAUAGUCUUGCUGAUGCGUUAAAAAAAAAAAAAAUCUAUAGAUCCACGUUUUUAGUAUUUUUUUGGGGGAAAAAGUGUACUAUAUUAGGUUUGCUCUAGAUAAUCCUUAUAUUUUUGAAGGGGCGAGGGUUGUUUUUUUCUCUAUUGGAUAGUAAGUGAGUUAAAGGAAAGACAACCAAGUAAAUCAUCCCCCACCCCCUCCGCACUCCUUCCGUCCCACACCCCUUCCAUUCACCCGGCUUAACCAAGCCAGCUGUAUGCAAAUAGGGAUGGACAUGUCUUGGCUUAAACAUCACCUCACUGAGUAAAGUUAGCCAGGAAAGUUCAGGCUAUUGUGGAGAAACAGGCCCCAUUCAUUCUUCUGAUACUCUACCUUCAUCCUUCAUGUCAUUAGCAAAUAAAAGCGAGGAUCCUGCUGGUUAGAGAUUAUUGGAUGUGUUUAUCUUGUUCCUAAGGACUCUUCAUUCCUAUCUUCUUUGUGUUUUUUUUUGGUUUUUUGUUCUUUUGUAAGUAGAAUUUUGCAUUUUUUUUUUUAUCUUUACAACUUAGAGUAUGCAACAGCUGCCGAGACAUCCUUUUUCAAUGUAUUGUGUGUGUUCCAUCAAAACGGAUUGCUGGAAUUAUUUUUCCCAAAUCCUUCUUUCUCAAACAAAAAAAGAACAAAUUUUAAGAAUAACCACAUAGGCCGCCGGCAUCUGUCAAGCAUUAGCUGUGUAAAUAAGGGAGUGCUGCCAGGCAGGUGGGAUAGGGUAAGGAAGAAAGGAGAAACAGUCUAGGUAUGUUAAGGGCCAACAGAACCAUACGUCUCGGUUAGUUUGAGGAGAUAUAGUGUUACAUAAAAGUUGUGGUGGGUGUGUUUGUGGAGAACAAAACUACAGAAUAAAGUAAUUGGAAGCUAACUUGAAUUGGCAGACAGGUGAACAGCCCAAUAAUGCACACACCCUGAUCAGAGGCAGGUUGAAUAGAGACAGUCUCGUGCCGCAAAUAAGAGGCAGCUGCUUUUUGGUAUGUAGCUAAAACAUACCUUUAAGGCAUUAUGUUUUGAAAAGAAUAUAAUAACAGAUGGUUAAUGUCAACUGUUAGAAUUCAUAAAGAAAAGAGUAAGUCUCUUAAAAAAAAAAAUUUAAUUUUUUUUUUUGUAGCAGAGAUAUGUUUAAAAACAUCUUUGCUCUGAGGGGCACUCAAACCUUAAGCAUGUCCGAUCUCUAGUAUUUACAAGGACUAGAGACCUCCGUAAUGACUGCAGUUCAAAUUCUAGAUAUAGAUAGAUCUAUAUCUUCCCCUUUUUCGUUGUUGACACAGGACAUUCUUAAUCUUCUCUUCAUAAUGGUAAUAUUUGUGGCAGGUUAUUGAAACGGAUAUUAUAUCUGUGUAUAUUCGCGCAUGCAUGUCUUGGACACACUAACAAGCAUAAAAUGCUUAUAUUCUUUAAACAUGCAGUUUGCAAAGCAGAGGUUUUGAUUUAGUAACCUAUGUAUUUAGGGAUAUUCUCGCCCUUUGCCUGCUUGCUCCCCUGUCUCUCUUCAUUAUCACAACCUUCAUUUACCAGCCUUUUAAGAGGGGUGAUAAUGUAGGUUCCUUAAGCAACACAGCUGUCGCUCUCGAAGAUCCCACACAAUGGAGGUUGCUUGUGGAUAGGUACAGAGUAGUUGCAAAUUACAUGCCUUUCGUUUUGUCCUCUAACCAUCUGCUUCCUUUAACACAGCCCCAGGUGCACAGUUUAAGCAGAUAUUUAAUGUGGCUUUCACCUUCUUUUGUUUUGCAGACUUUUAUCUUUACGGAUGGAGAGGAUGAAGAACUCCAGAAAAGAACAGGUGAGUGUAACAAUUGGAAAAAAAAAAAACAAACAAAAAUAAAAAACCCCAUUAGAACUUUCCUUAGUGCCUGCUGACUAAUUACCGUACUAGAAUCUGAAAGAGCCCCAAAACAAUCGUACUUUCAUUUCGGAUGAUCACGAAUGAUCCCCUAAAAAGUUUAUUUUUUCGGGAUGAUAGUUGUCUGUUAAAUCCAAGAAUCCCUGAAUUAAGGUUUCAGACUUUUGAAAUUUGUUACGGGGGUCUUGUACUAGCUCUUGCCCCUUUUUAAUUCUUGUUUCUGGAAUGUGUCAAGAACAAUUGUUUGUCCUGGCUUUUUUUUGUUUUAGAAUUCUUUUUAACCACUCUGCUAUGGAGUAAACCAGAGUGUGGAGCAGCAAUAAUCCAGUAUGGAUUGAGAACACCAGCAGCGUUUUUUUUUCUUUCUUUACCAAUGCAGCAUGUGUAUUUUUCCCCCAUUGUGUUUGGGUCAUGCCCUUUAUUCUUCUCAUGUAAAUCAAUCCCAUUCAGACCCCCGAAACAACCUCUAUUCAGUGUAGUCAGCCAGUAACAGGUGGCCUCAUCUGGGAAAGUCCGUCUUCAAUAGGACAAGGGAUCUAACUGAAUAUCUCUGAGAAAGAAGCCCCGGGGAGUUAAUUCUAAUUAACCCUUUCACUCACUCUGCCCAUAUACUCGGUAUGGACCAGCAACAGUGAUACCCCGUCAUUUGUUAACUAUUAUUUUCCCAUUAGCAGCCUAUAAAUUGCACAGUGCUAGGCAGCUCUUUUCAUUAAAUUCCCUACAGUAUGAUGAAAUGUAUUUGACCCUGUCUGUCUCUAAUUUACAUGUAUGUGUUUAGAUUGUGCCAUGAUUCUAAAAAAAUAUAUAUAUUUUUUUUUUACAGGAAAUGUUAUCAGUACAAACUGUUCUGCUGCUCACAGCCGUCAGGCGUUAUCCUGUAAGAUGGCCGUGGAAUAUGACAAGUUCAUUGAGUCUUCUAUGAAGUAAGUAUUGAUAUAAAGAUGUUGUGUAAUUACUGAGCCCCCUUUAAAAAAAAAUGUUGCCAUUUAACGUAACUGUAAUCCAGUGCUGAUGAACAAUCCUACCCCAACAAUCGCUCAACCCUCCAAUCUUUCUAGAGAAGUUUUAGAUUAACACAGCAUCUGGAGUUUACAUACUUUUCAUUAAGUUGAAGUGAUUAUGGUACUUAGUCUGUCUCUUUAAACUAGUGUAGACCGUUUGCAUAGAACCUACUAUUCCUAGAAGUAGACAGCUGCAGUUUGAUUGACUGACUGGCAAAGUGGGACUUGUAACAGUACCAGAUGGAGUAACAGAUGUUGCAUAUGCCUGCUCUGGGCUCCCAUUUUUCCAUAUUUAUUAAAACAUUAAAAAAUAUAGAAAAAACCUUGUUAUGGGGGUGUGCCAACAAAUAGUUUCUUUGUAUCUGUUCUGGAGUAACCUUGUUUCUCUCCUACUUUUUAUCAGGUGGUUCUGUCAUGUGGAUGACGAUAACUAUGUGAACAUUCGGACUUUGGUGAAAUUGCUGUCCCGGUACUCCCAUACCAAUGAUGUUUAUAUCGGGAAGCCCAGUUUGGACCGUCCAAUCCAGGCAACAGAGCGUAUCAGCGAAAACAAAAUGGUAAGCGGGGACCUGUCUGGAACACAUUGUGUUAACGAGCAUUUACGGAUACCGAUUAAUAGAAGAAAAUCAAAACUGAGUUUUAGAGUAAACUCAUAAUUUUUUUGUGUUUUUUAUCUAUCUUUACAGCGUCCCGUCAAUUUCUGGUUUGCCACAGGAGGAGCUGGAUUUUGCAUUAGUCGUGGGCUGGCACUAAAAAUGAGUCCCUGGGCAAGGUAAGAAUUAGUGACCUUUUUCAAGUCUCAGUCUAAAUUUUUAUUUCAGUCCCCCUUUUCCUAUGCUCCCUCAACAAAGUAUUCAUGCAAUGCGUUAAAAUGUUUGUUGCCUUUACAGUGGUGGACAUUUCAUGAGUACCGCAGAGAAGAUCCGGCUGCCUGACGAUUGCACGAUUGGUUAUAUUAUCGAAUCUGUGCUCGGAGUUCCAUUGAUUCGCAGCAGUCUCUUCCAUUCCCACUUGGAGAAUCUCCAACAAGUUCACCAGAGCGAGAUACAAAAUCAGGUGAGCUUAACGUUCUGUGAAGAGAGUCUCUGCUAACAGAACUGAUAAAACAACUACACAUUCUGAGGAACUCAUGACAUUGCAUGAAACAACUUGAAUUCAAAUAUUGGAUAGAUGAAUUAACAAGUCUUUUUCUUCUGGUUUUCAGGUGACAUUGAGUUAUGGAAUGUUUGAAAAUAAGAGGAAUGCUAUUAUAAUGAAGGGGGCAUUUUCUAUCGAGGAAGAUCCUUCACGGUAAGGACACUUAUUAAGAAAACAUUUUUAGAUUAUUUACGAGUGCUGUACUACGAAAUGUCUUGAGGUCACACAACUUACAUUUACUUGUAAAAGAUGUUCUGGACAUUCAAAAAAUAGCAGCUACAGAAUAAGGAUAUUUCUAAAAUCCAAACAAAAUCUAUUUUUUGGGAGAGCCUUUAUAACAAACUGUGCCUUUAUAACAAAUCUUCUUAUGUUGAGCUUAACAUGGCUUAAAGCAGGGAUGAGGGAACCUUCGGCCCUCCAUAUGUUUUGGACUACAUCUACCAUAAUGCUCUUACAGCCAUAAUCAAGGGAGAUGUAGUCCAAAACAUCUGGAGGGCCAAAGGUUCCCCACCCCUGGCUUAAAGGAACACUAGUGUUUGGAAUACAUCUAAGUAGUCCUAAAACUAAAGUGUCCCUCUGCACCCACUGGCCAUGAUAGGGUAAAAAAAAAUGACCUUUUAGUCACUCACCUUACUCUGGCGCUGAUGUCUCCAGCGCUGGGUCGUGUUCCUCCUCUGCUGAUGUCAGCCGAUGAGGGUGGUGGCUUGGCAAACGCCUCAUAGAAAAGACUAGCUACUUCUAGUUAUGACUCAAUUCCCAAUAAGCUCUUCCAAUCUAUUCUCUUGGGUUGUCCAUAAUUUAGUCUGCCAAAUCCAAGAAGACCAUGGUUCAUAAUUAUUAGCCCCAUACGUGUUUCUGAACAGAAACCAAUGGACCAUCAAGGAGAUCUAGUUAUGUUACUUUCAAAACUGCUUCAAAUUAUACAAUUUUAUUUUUGUCAGCCAGUCAGUUUCCAUAAGCCAAAUGACAGACUUUGUUUUAUUUCUGUUUUGUUCAUUUGAGACCAGGAAUUAAUAAAUUUAUUUCAUUUAUUUUUUAAGGUUUCGAUCUAUCCACUGCCUUCUAUAUCCAGACACUCCCUGGUGCCCUCAGAACCGCACAUACUAGAAGACAUCUGAUCUUCUCAAACCUCGUCCCAAGUUCCCUGGUAUCCAAAGGGCUUAGUGGGACCUGUACGUUCUUGCUGUGAUCGUCACUUCUUUCUACGGAUUUUGUUUGUUUUUAUUUUGCGUGCUGUGUUGAACACACAGCGUUUUGUUCGGUAGGCUGCUGUGCGGCCGAUUUCUGCGCUAUCACUCUGCCUGAGCAGAGAAUGAGAAAGUAUUUCUUCAGAGACCUGUGGCACCUCCUUUCGUGGCAGAUACAUGGGGAUUUCCUGGAAGAGUCUGAACACUGAAGCUCUCGCAAUCCCUCAUGUGCCACAAUACUCGUGUCUAUGGACUCCUAUUUACAUUGCUUUUGCAGGGUCUUCUCAUAGCUAUUCUCAUAGAAUUUAAACGGAAGACCUGCAUGCUUAUACUGCCUUCUUUUAUUGUUACAAGCUAUCUUUAGCUUUAAUUGUGCUUAUAUUUUCCAAAGGGGGGAUGUAUUACUCUCCCCAUCUAGCAAUCUAAGGGUUAGCCCCAUGAGUUUGCCAUUUGGGCAAGAAUGGGUGUUAACACUUUGAGAGCCGGAGGAUCAAAACCACCAAUGACAGAUAUAUUUCAGCCAUUAUAUAAAUUGAAUUAGUGGGUAUAUUUAUAUAGUUUAGUGGCCAAUGUUGACACUGCAGAUGUUUGUGGAUUUUCCCAUGAUUCUCUGCUAGCCAAUGGCAAUGAUGUAGACUCCGGAUUUUGGUCCAGAUGAAGGUUUUAUUUCCACUAAUCCUCUAUAUAUAUAUAUAUAUAUGAUCAUU